CCCCUGGCGGCUGUGUGGUGAACUGGCCUGAUAGUGGGGGACUGUACAGACUGAACAGCUGGUGUCAAACACAAGCUGUGGAAUUUACACCAAGCCUGUAAUAUUCCCGUCGAGAUUCUGCAUUCCAGCACAGCAGCUAUUGAUUUCCCCGACGUAAGUGUCCCUUAGAAUCGCAGCCCUGCAUUCCAAAAAGGAAGACGAGUACUUCACCAUGAGCUCAGACGAUGGUGACAUGGAGAACCAGGCUGAGCUGGAAGAGAAGACGAGGCUCAUCAACCAGGUGUUGGAGCUUCAACAUACUUUAGAGGACCUGUCCGCCAGAGUGGACGCUGUCAAAGAGGAGAACCUGAAGCUGAAGUCGGAGAACCAGGUUCUGGGUCAGUACAUUGAGAACCUCAUGUCUGCCUCCAGCGUCUUCCAGACCACUGACACCAAGAGCAAACGAAAGUAAGGAGAACCUCGGAGAGCCUUGUCCUAGAACCCCACCCACACAUCCCAUAACCUGAACCCCAAACCCUUCUGAGUGACUGGACUCUGAUCAUCAAACAUCGUGGACUCUAAAUUCUUCUUAAUACCGCCUGAGCCUAAAACAUGUUUCUGAGUCUGCAGAUAGGGGUAUGGGCUCAGUAGGUGCAAUAGGAGGCAGUGAGUCCCAUCCGAAUGUAGAGGCAAGAAGACAGACAGCGGGAGAACUGGAAGCUGUUGUCAUUCCUGGAAAAUCAAUCCGAAUACAAAUACCCACAGCUUUCUUAAGCUCAGCAAAUCCGGAGAUUUGCACCACGAGUUUCUGUCAUUUACAAGUCAAACACACGGUGUGAGCUGUACCUUACCUUUAUGCAAGGUAUCUUUUUAGAAGCAUGUUUUAGACUCCAGUCAGCUGCAACCCAACCCUCUUAAGCCCAGGACCCGGAGUACUGAAGGUGUGGCCAAAUCCUUGACCAGUUACAAACAUACACGCUUUUGUUUGUGAGCUGCACUGUGUAAACGGUGGUUGUUGGUUGAACACUGGGGUGGUACUUCCAUCAGGUUAAGUGCGUGUGGUUUAUUUGUACGAGGGUUUUUCUGUGCUGCCAGUUAGGUCAGAAUUGGCUCAGUGGUCAAAACCGAUUAAAUAUAAACCUUCACAGCGCCAUAAUGAAGAAUUGAGUUGAUUGAUUGCAGCGGGCACGGCAGCAGCAGAGCUGAGCAGGAAGUCAGGGCCAAAUAUUUGAUCCUUUAUCACAGCUUUUGGAAGACAGAACAAGACGGGAAGAACUAGGGUUGGCUGUUUUUAGUGAUUCUAAUUUAUAGUGAUCCCAGUUUGAUCAUUGAUUGACUAUGAACUUGAUAAUAUUAAAAAUAACUGAGAGGGGAUUCCUGUAGAGAAAUCCUCUCAAAUUUGGAUCUGUGGUCUAAUGUCCAUCUGUUGAGGGGGCCCUGGCAUUGAGCAUAUGGUACAUUUUCAAAAUAAAACGCCCUGAGAAAAUCAAAGAGAAGAACAGCGCCACAGACGUGAUGUCACAAAGUCGUGCCCGAUGGAAUCAAAGUUUAAGAAAAUGGCAAAAAUGAAUCAAACAAUCAAGGAUGAGCACGCAGCUCAUUUACAGUAUCCUGAUUCAUGGCUUAAAAGCACUGAACCCCACUCACACAAGUAACUCUAGCAUUGAGACCGACAUAUUAGUAACGUGGGUAUUAUAGUGGUAACGCUAACAUUGACCACAGAGCCUGGCCAUUUUUGGCAAUAUUUAUUUAACAGCCUAAACACUCUGUAACAGUUUGAGUUGUCUUCUUUACCAGUUCCUCUGCAAUACAAUCCACCAACUUAUUGAUAUCCAGGGCUCUUAGCUACAUGCUAAUAGCUAAUUCUGCACCUGGAGCCUACAGUUUCAUUCUUGGGACAUUUUUCACGCUUUACUUUUGCAGUUUGUGCAGUCAGUGACUCAAAAUCAACUCAAACAACAACACAUCAACAUAAUCACAACAAUCAGCUCUCUAUCAUUUUAGUUUAAGUUUAUUAUCCCCAGAAUCUCACUUUGAAAUCUGUGCUAUAUAUAUUCGUUAUCAUGUCCAGAUCAUGCUGAGACUCUGGUUGGAACUGGUGAUGAUACUGCUCUGCCUUCUCCACAACCCAGAACAAAACAACCCCACAACCCUGUUCAGAUUUUUAUAUAGAGUUCAAAUGUUUACGUUAAACUUCCCCUUUCUCCUCGGGUCACAGCGGCUCCGGCUUCAUCAUUUUUGUCAGUGUCUUUGCUGGUGGGAAGCUGGUGAGGGAUCAUGCCUUUGUCAAUGCACUAGAGCCUCCCAUUGGUUGGUCAGGGUGACACCGUGUGUUUAUCUGCUCUCCAACAGUGGAGUUAGCAAUGGCGAGGAGAAUUUGGCUGUUUCAAAUUAAGGAGAAAAAUGGGUGAAUCCCUUUUUCCUUUAGUUAUUUAUUAGUCAGUAUUGCUACUGUUGCCAUAGGUACAGUAGGUCUGUUAGAACAUGGUUUUAUUGAGCCUUAAGUCCCAACCCCUUUUGCUCUGUGCUCCAAUCACAGUUUUGGUGACAUAUAGUCACAUCUUAAGUUAGUUAACUAGCUAGCUAAUUUAUAUCAGUCGUUAGCCAGCUGGGUGUCAUGUGAUAACUAUUGUUAGCCAAAUUCAAGCUAACUGGCUUGCUGAUUUACAUUAGUUGUGCUAAGGUUUUGCUAACAUUAGCAAACCUAAAAUGUGACUACCAUCUUCAGGAUGUGGUUGUCUUUUCAACAUAGAUUAGCCUAGCACAUAGCAUAUCUAUGUACAGGAGAGGAGGAAGUUGGCUGAAUCUGACUGAGACUUGCUCAACUGGAGCACAGAGCUCAAAGGGACUUGGGGAGGGCCGGGUUGUAACUGCUCAUAGCCUCUCUAAAGAGAGCGGGCUCUAAAGGCCCCUUUUGAACUUGUUUCUUCUUUGUCAUUUCAGUACAAUGUGACCUUUUUGUUGCCAUUUGCUGCUUCUUGCAAGUUGGGAGUAAAUGACACUACUUUAACAGUGACCGUCACUGUUGCCGUUUGAAAGUCUUGUGUAUGGGCUUACUGUUAAACUGGCAAAGCCUAGUUUAUCCUCUCAAUGAAUCAGUGAUGGAUACAGUAUACAUACUGUAUUUUAUGCAUAAAUGUUAAACAUCAUGUAUGAAGUCUUGAGAUAUCUUUAACCCUGUUGCAUUUGAACAUUGUUUACAUUUUGUUUUACAUUUAGUUUGUUGCUAAUUUGAAAUGACUUUUGUUUAAUAAAGUGAUGAUCCUUUUUGAUGAAA